GAAUGACGAAACAGGUCACCUGACUGAUGACGUUUCAUCGGGAGUAACUUCACGAGGAGGGAAGCACGUAAAAAAGAAUCACUCGCGCCGGAGCUGCCGGGAGAACACAAGCUGAGGAAUCACAUCCCAAUAAGUCCGCUGACAAAAACCCCGAAGAAAAGAAACCAUGCCUGAAGACAUUAACAAAGGCAAGAAGGCCUUCGUCCAGAAGUGUGCGCAGUGUCAUACUGUGGAGCAGGGUGGAAAGCACAAGGUGGGGCCCAACCUCUGGGGCCUGUUUGGACGCAAAACAGGCCAAGCAGAGGGCUACUCCUACACCGACGCCAACAAAAGCAAAGGCAUCACCUGGAGCGAUGAGACACUGAUGGUUUAUUUGGAGAACCCCAAGAAAUACAUCCCAGGAACCAAGAUGAUCUUCGCUGGCAUCAAAAAGAAGAGUGAGCGAGCUGACCUUAUAGCGUACCUGAAGUCCGCAACUUCGUAAAGAACUCUGCGCGGCCGCGUCUUCGCCAGUUUUGUGUCCUGACAGACUGAGGUGGGGACGAGGCCGGGUGUCUUUCUGUCAAAAUCGGGCAUGAAUUCCUACCAAUCUCACUGGUAUCUGCAUACUUUCCCAUCUUCGUCACAGCUGUUUCUGAUCCUCCACUUGUGGUGGAGUAAGUGAUAUCCCCUGGUUUUAACAGGUUCCUUUUCUAGUAUAAAUUAUUGAAACAUAUGCUGUUAAUACAAAUGUAAGGACUGGAAAUCUGUAUAUUUGCUCGUUGUUCAGGAUUUCUUUUCUAUUGGAUUAUCAAGCUGUCCUGAUAAUUUAGCGCUUCAAAUACUGAAUAUUGGAUAUGACGUGCUUUGAAUUUUAAUAAGACUGUAAUGUGUGAAUUAAAUAAAAGUUGUUUUCUUUUUCUAAUUAGUUCCACAACAUGCUGCUAGAAGUAAUUAUUUUCCUCAUUAUCGGGAAAGGGAAGUGUGGAUGGUCAUGUCAGGUUGAUGUUUUUGUACUUUAUACAGUUUUGGCUCCUGUAGAUUUCUGAACCCAAUUCGAGCAAUAUACCCUCUGAAUAAAGGGACUUAUUUCUAGCUUUAAAUGUUGGACUUUGGUGGCCUGAUACUUAACAAAUGGUGCCCUUGUUUAAAGUUGCUGAUUAGCAGUUGUUUUUUUUGCCUCUCUAAAAGUUGGAGCGGACUCAAUGGUGUUACAGAUGUUAACGGGGGACUAACUGCAUCUGAUGGGGGGGAAACUAAGAAUAAAGGCUGAAUUUCUAUAAAACAAAA